AUGAAAUUACAUUUCUUUCUUUUUCUUCCAGAUACUUCAAUACUUCCAGAACUCAGGUCACUAAAUUUCAGCUCCACAAAAGAAAACUGUGAUGCUUCCAUAGCACCAUUCAAUUUCAGAGAACUAAAGACCAAUUUUCAAACCAUACUCAGAAGCUUCAAACAAUGUUUUGAUGAGAAGAGAACAGCCAGUCUUCAGAAAGUGGAAGAACAACUAUUCAGAAUAGAAAGAAAAUUAGAUGGGCUACAAAAUAAAAGAGGUAGAUAUGAAAAACGAAUCAACAUGACAUCAGAAAAGAGCAAUAUUUGCUGGCGGACGUUUCAGACAAACACCUACUACUUCUCUCACACUGAAGAAAAAUGGGAGAGGGCAAGAGAAAUAUGUGCUGAUGUUGACUCCUACCUGCUCGUUAUUAACAGCAAGAAAGAGCAGGAUUUUGUGAUUCAGAAUAUAAGAUACUCCACCUGGCUUGGCUUAAAUGAUGCCAAGGAAGAGGGAACUUGGCGCUGGGUUGAUGGAUCACCACUGGAAGAAAGGUUCUGGAGACAAGGUGAACCCAACAAUGGUGGGAAAGAUGAAGAUUGUGCUGUCCUAUAUAAACAGGGAAACUGGAAUGACAUUCACUGUGAUACAAGAGUUAGCUUUAUUUGUGAGAGGGAACAGGUCUGCGUGCACUGACUUUCCUUGUAUGUCUCUCCAAGUGGUUCCUCCUUUCCAAAUUUGGUAGAGUACCCCCUGUGUAAUGCUUAUUUGUGUGGGUAAUUAAGAUCAGUACACAUGUUGCCUUGGCUACCUAGAUAAUUCUGUCCAAGUGGGACUUUUAGUGAUAGCUCAUAUACACAGUAUAUCUUUCACAAAGAAAGUAUCUUCUCCCUCAAGCCAGCCCUCUGCACAAAACAACUUUGUCACUUGCUCACUAUGACUGUUUUCCCUGUCACCACCACUUUGCUGAAAUGCAGGCAGAGCAGGUUUGUCAGGUUCACCGUUCCAAUGUUGCCGGUACAUCGUAACGUUUCGCAGGUCAUUUGGAUGAUGCGUGUUUCGUCUGGGAGGGAAGGAGGUUUCUUCUCCUGGGUUUGUUAUCUGUAUUCAGCUGUAUGGAAUGUGUUUGGGUUAUUUUGUGUGUUCAAGG